AUGGCUAUGGUGGAUCAACCUCUAUAUCCUAUUGCUGUUCUAAUCGAUGAGUUGAAAAACGAGGAUAUUCAACUGAGGCUGAACUCGAUCCGUAGGCUUUCAACGAUUGCGCGUGCUUUGGGUGAGGAGAGGACAAGGAAAGAGCUGAUUCCUUUCCUUAGCGAGAAUAACGACGAUGAUGACGAGGUGCUUCUUGCAACGGCUGAGGAAUUGGGGGUUUUCGUUCCUUAUGUUGGUGGUGUGGAGCAUGCUAGCGUUUUGCUUCCGCCUUUGGAAACUCUUUGUACCGUUGAGGAAACUUGUGUUAGGGAUAAGUCAGUUGAGUCGCUCUGUAGAAUUGGUGGUCAGAUGAGGGAACAAGAUUUGGUUGAUCACUUUAUUCCUUUAGUUAAGAGGCUAGCUUCUGGUGAGUGGUUCACUGCCCGAGUUUCUUCAUGUGGCUUGUUUCAUAUUGCGUACCCUAGUGCGCCAGAUGCGUUGAAGACUGAACUUAGAGCCAUAUAUGGGCAGUUGUGUCAAGAUGAUAUGCCUAUGGUUAGGAGAUCUGCUGCUACCAACCUGGGAAAAUUUGCUGCUACUGUUGAAGCUGCUCACUUGAAAACUGACAUCAUGUCUGUGUUCGAUGAUCUCACACAGGAUGAUCAAGAUUCUGUUCGGCUUCUUGCUGUUGAGGGUUGUGCCGCUCUUGGAAAAUUGUUGGAGCCUCAAGAUUGUGUGGCACAUAUUCUUCCUGUUAUAGUCAAUUUUUCUCAGGAUAAGUCAUGGCGCGUUCGUUACAUGGUUGCUAAUCAACUCUAUGAGCUCUGUGAAGCUGUUGGUCCUGAUUCCACCAAGACGGAAUUGGUUCCUGCAUAUGUUCGGCUGCUGCGUGAUAAUGAGGCGGAAGUACGUAUUGCUGCUGCUGGGAAAGUGACUAAGUUCUCCCGCAUAUUAAGUCCUGAACUAGCCAUUCAGCAUAUUCUACCAUGUGUAAAGGAGUUAUCGGCAGAUUCAUCUCAACAUGUUCGCUCUGCAUUGGCUUCGGUUAUAAUGGGAAUGGCACCGGUCUUAGGGAAGGAUGCAACAAUUGAGCAGCUUCUCCCUAUUUUCCUCUCUCUUUUGAAAGACGAGUUUCCUGAUGUCAGGCUAAAUAUUAUCAGCAAACUUGAUCAAGUGAACCAGGUUAUUGGUAUUGAUCUCUUAUCUCAGUCGCUUUUACCAGCUAUCGUUGAGCUUGCUGAGGAUCGGCACUGGAGAGUUAGACUUGCAAUCAUAGAAUAUAUACCAUUAUUAGCAAGUCAGUUGGGUGUUGGCUUUUUUGAUGAUAAGCUUGGAGCUCUUUGCAUGCAAUGGCUAAAGGACAAGGUAUACUCAAUCCGUGAUGCAGCUGCCAAUAAUGUCAAACGCUUAGCAGAGGAAUUUGGACCAGAGUGGGCAAUGCAGCAUAUUAUUCCCCAAGUUUUGGACAUGAUUAAUGAUCCACAUUACCUGUAUCGGAUGACAAUUCUACAUGCAAUUUCUCUGUUAGCUCCCGUUCUGGGCUCUGAAAUUACUUCCACAAACCUGCUUCCUCUAGUCGUUAAUGCAUCAAAAGAUAGGGUACCCAAUAUCAAAUUCAAUGUUGCUAAAGUAUUGCAGUCUCUCAUUCCAAUUGUUGAUGAAUCUGUUGUGGAGAGUACCAUCCGUCCAUGUCUUGUUGAGCUUAGCGAGGAUCCAGAUGUUGAUGUGAGGUUUUUCGCUUCUCAAGCGCUACAAUCUAGUGAUCAAGUGAAGAUGUCCAGCUAG